AUGGAGAGGAAGAGAAAGUUUCCGGUGCGAAGCACGAGAGCUGAAGUUGCGAGCAAAAAAAGAGCCGUGUCUAGUACCCCAGAGGAACGCGGGCCAUCACCAACGCCAGCAGCCGUGCCACAACAGAUCGUCGAAGAGGCUUUACCAAAGAGUAUCGCGCCCGGCAAAUCGUUACCUGCAGUCGGCGAGCCACAGCCAGAAAACCUGUCUUUAAAGGAAUUCCAGUCUGUCUCCGAAAGCGGUGUCCUAGCAGAAUCAUUACAACGAUCCCGUUCAAAAUGGAUCAGCGAAGGCAUAUUCGAGAAAUACUGGACAAAGCCAGUGAAGAAGAAGGGGGUGCCAGAACAGCCGCCCAAUAAUCCACCGAAGGACUCGAUGACGAAGCUUGGGACAUGCACAAUAACUGUUGAACCGCACAUCUUUGAUGCUACGAUGUAUGCAAUCAAGGACCCAAACCCUCGGCCAACUCCUACACCAGUCUCCCAGCAACCUAUGUAUCGUCCUAUAAUUCAAUAUGGCCCACCUAGUGGCACAAUGCCUCCUCCAGCACCAAUACCACCUGCCCAGCAGCCACAGUUCUCAUCGCCGCAGACAAGCACGCAGCCAUCGCCUAGGCCUCAAGAUAAAACUGCGAGAAGCUCUAUGCCACCGGCUUCUACACCAAAUUAUACACCGACUCCCUCUAUUCCGCAGACGAACAGCCUGCCACAUCCCCAAAAUCCUUCCCUCCCUAACCCGAAUGGCCCACGACUAAACACACCUCACCCUAAUCCUCCACCUGCGGCAGAUCCAGCGGACAAAAGUAAAGACCCAGUCAUUCAAAUGUUGGCUGAAAGGGCGUCGACGGACCCAGAUCUAAAGGCGCUGAUGCGGAUCGUGGCGAAUGGCCAGGCAUCUGCAGAAGAAUUGAAAAGGUUCCAGAGUCACAUCGAUGACUUGACGCGUUUACAAAAGGCCCGACAAGCCGCAAUCCAGGCUCAAGCUACGGGUCAACCUUCCCCUCGCCCUCCCCAAGCCUCUCCACAGAUCAAUGGCCAUGCUCACCCUACUCCAAGCCCGACGCCCUCGGUUCGCAAUGCUCCAGCUCAUGUGCCAACACCAAAAUCUGAGCAUCAAUUCCAGAGCCAGCCGCAGGCUCUCCGAUCAAAAGGGCCUAUUCCUUCUACAAAACCUGACAUUUCGGGGGUUGUAUUUGAAUUUGCAGGAGGAUCAGGUGACAGAUUCCUAUUUCCAAAAUUCAGCAUAUUGGAAUACCUACCACAAGGCCAGGUCAUUGCGUCGUUCCUAAUCGUGCGCAAAGGAAGCUGUAGUGAUUCACCAGCAUACGACCCUGCGUUAGAUUAUUAUCAGCCCAUCACGAUUCGACUGUAUGCCCACCAAGGACGACAGCUCGAGGCACUACAAAAGAUCGUUGCUCCUGCUGAUGAAGUCCGGAGGUAUAUGGAUGAUAUCAUGGAUAACAUGACCAGAGCCGAAUACGUCCUGCUAGCCAUGCGUCUCCCCCGAGAUAUCGAGCAAGCGCCUCCGGAGAAGGCCGACGAUGUGGAGAAGGAGCGGACCACCCAGUUGGAUAAUCAAGUCCUUUGGGCGACAACAAAUCCAAAACCCGCGCCGAAAGUCAAGCCGGCAAAGAAACUUCUCACUGAAGAAGAAAAAUACCACUCAUUUAUAAAUACGGUCAGUUCGGUGAAUUGA